GCAACAAAUUCAUUCCAUCGCACCUGAGGAGGACCUACCUACACCAGAGAGAAAGCUUGGUCUGCAUGAAGCUAAUACCCCAGUUCGUGGCUCAAGUGUUUACAUCGCCCGCUGCUCUCAGCGAAGCGACAGAGAGGAAGAAGCUGGUCGUAUUGGCGUCAGCAACAGGUGGAGUCGCUCCUACAUUCUUUGCAACAACGACACGUUUUUUGCGUAGGAGGACUACGGAAGUUACCUGGCCGCUCGCAGGAGCUCAGAGCAGGCUACGGAAGGACGUGGAAUCACCGCCGAGGAGAGUCACUUCUUUUUUCCUUGUAUAUAUUUAUUUUUUAAUCCGUUUGCGCACUGCCGAUCAUGUCAAGACACAAGAGGCAGUCCAGCAUAGAGCUACUGGAGUUAAUGGGAAUUGUACAAGAGAAUGGCAAUGAGCAGAUGUCACUUCCUCAUUUGUACAACCCACUCUCAUACGACUACGUCCUGGUUGCCAAAUCAAGAGAGCACCUGGAUCGAGAGUCCAUCAAGAAGCAAAAUGAAUUCAUUGAGCAGCUGAAAAAGAAGAAAUUUAAAGUCACAAAAAUUCUAAACGAUGACUUGGUUUUCUUUGGCGUACAAGCUCCUAUUGAGAUUUUUGAGAAGUACAGAUAUCUGCUCAAAGUAUCUGACACCUGUAACUGGAGCUCAGACCAGAACAAUCUGCCUCUCAGCACCAGGAUAAGGGUUGUCCACUUUAUCUUGAACCACACACCUAUCAGUUCAGGAGGUAAGAUGCUUUUAAGAUACUGCCAAUCCUCUUUGAAAAUGGAGAAAGCUCAUUUGACUGCUCUAUUGAUCCUGCCAGAGGGUCUGCGAGUUCUGAUGAAGACAAAGGUUUUCGAGGCAAAGUUUUGCCUGCAUGAGAAAAAGAAACAGCGAGAGCUGACGGAGAGCUGGGCUCGAUGGACCGCUUGUUUCCAAGGGCAACCCAUCACUGCUGUCAGGAACUAUUUUGGAGAGAAGGUGGCCUUGUACUACUUGUGGCUUGGCUGGUACACGUACAUGCUUGUCGUUCCCGCUCUCAUCGGGGUUGUCGUCUUCCUCUAUGGCGUCGCCUUUUUCAACACGUCGCCCCUCAUAAAGGAAGUCUGCGACAUCGAUGUAGUCAUGUGCCCUCUUUGUGACAGGAGAUGCAAAGUGUGGCUGCUGUCGGACACGUGCACUUAUGCCAAGGUGAGUCUCCUGUUUGACAACGAAGGCACGGUGUUAUUUGCCAUGGUCAUGGCUGUUUGGGCCACGCUAUUUUUAGAGUUCUGGAAACGACAUCGGACUUCCUUUGUGUGUGAAUGGAAGGUGUCCGAUUGGUGUGAGGAGGAGGAGGAACUCAUCUUGCACAUUGUCAACGAUGCUAACACUCCUCCCAAGAAAUUCAAGCACUCCUAUCUGAACAGCACGCUGGUUUUAAUUUGUGUUAUUAUUAUGAUAUUGGUUAUCAUCGGCCUGACGCACGCGCUGGUGGUGUUCAGGGUGAUAGCAGCGGUGCAAUUGGCCGAGGGGUCAUGGGAGUUCAUGACCACGCACUCCAACAGCAUAGCCAUGAUGCUUGGAGCUGUUCUUCAUUACCUGAUUAUCACCGUCAUGACUCGGGUCAACAGGAGAGUGGCUAUGAAACUCUGUGAAUUAGAGAAAACCAGAACGUUUGCUACCACGGAGAGGAGUUUCACCGUCAAGAUGUUCACCUUCCAGUUCUUCACCUAUUUCUCCUCGCUCUUCUACGUUGCCUUUUUUCUCGGCAGGAUAAAUGGUCAUCCCGGUCAUUAUGUCCGUAUCGCAAGUAAAUGGAGAUUAGAAGAGUGUCAUCCCAGCGGGUGUCUCACAGAUCUCUUCAUCCAAAUGGCCAUCAUAAUGGUCCUCAAGCAAACCCUUAGCAAUGUCGUUGAGUUCACCGGCCCGUGGUUUGGCAAGUGGCUGAAGCGGAGAAGAACUCACAAGCUUCAGAGGAAAUGCGCCAACUGCUACCUAAAAGACGAAGCUCAGGCGAAACUCGGAGCCGAGCUGUGCGAUAACUGCAAGAUGAGAGACUGGCUCAACAACUACCGACUCAAAGAUGUGGACUCCUUCAGCCUCUUCAAUGAGUUUCUAGAAAUGGUGAUCCAGUUCAGCUUCACCACCAUAUUUGUGGCAGCGUUUCCUCUCGCUCCACUUCUGGCCCUCAUCAAUAACGUCAUUGAGAUUCGCCUGGAUGCCAUUAAGAUGGUCACCCUGGAGCGCAGAUUGAUUCCUAAGAAGACCAAUGAUAUUGGUGUGUGGAUCGAUUUGUUGGAGGCGAUCGGGGUCUUAGCCGUCAUCGCAAAUGGGCUGGUCAUCGGCGUGUCAUCGGACUUCAUCCCUCGACUGGUGUACCGUUAUAUCUACGGACCUUGCGCCAACGGCACUGCAACCGAUAUCGAUUGCAUGGUCGGCUACAUAAACAAUACUCUAUCCACUGUCUCCACGUAUAACCCAGAAAUCCGCAAGGAGUUUUCGCCUCUUCAGAUGGUGACUCCCAAUGGAGCGAAUGUCACUUCUUGCAGCUAUAAAGACUACAGAAACAACGAGGACUAUAACCUUACACCGCAGUUCUGGCUUAUUUUAGCCGUGCGCUUCGCAUUUGUUAUUCUGUUUGAGCACAUUGUGGUCAUAUGCAAAUUUAUCGCAGCCUGGUUUGUACCGGAAGCGCCCAUGCAGGUCAAGAACGACAGUCUCUAUGAUAAAUUCGAAAGACUAAAAGAAGAGCUCAGGUCAUUUGAAGAACGCCAGCGCUGACAUUUUGCUGGAGCAAAUGGAAUGUGAACCCACAGUUGCCUUGUGCAUUCAAAGUGUCCCAAAAAUCAGAAUUGAGUUGGGUCAACUUCCAAGCCAUGAAUCACCUUCAAGUGUUCAGAUAGAGGGCUCCGACUGUCUGUCUGUCUGUAUAAUGGCUGUGUGGAUUCCCAACAGGCGUAUUCGUGGACCAAACAAGUGUACAAGUCACACAUUGUGCUGUCGUCUUCAAUGAGAUUAUUGGUAUUCUAUUGUCAGAAUGCACUCAAUGUUUUUUCUAAUGUUGACUUUUAUUUGUGGUCCUCGCCUGAUGACGAUUUAUACUACUGGUCCCCCAGUUUGUUCUGAUUGUAUUACAAUGUUGCCUUAUAUCGUGAAAAGCGUUGUGGUGAUCACCAUUAUUGCCGAGAGACUAAGAGAGAGCUUAGAAAUGUUUUGCAUCGUAAUUUUUAUAGUAAACAUAAAACGAAAAUAUCACAUCCUCACCAAAAUAUAUGGUUGUCUUGUGUGGCAAUUGUUAAAAAAAAAAAGUAUAGCUAAUUACAUUUUUGACAACAAAUGCAUGUAAAUCUACUUCUGCCUGAGGUUUUUAUAUAAUUGUACACAAUGUUUACAAUUGUUUGUCAGUGUUAUUUGGAUACAGUCUCUUUUUGACCCUGACCAAAAUAAAGAUCUUCCUCUGGUUAUGGUGAGCACUUAA